CUUAAGCGGCCCGGGCCAGUACCGGCCUCCCGCCAUGGCUCUGAGGCGCGUCCUACCCGCGCUGCGCCCCUACAUUCCCCGCUUCGCCCCACUGUCCACGGCGCCGGCCGUCCGCGAGCAGCCCGCCGCGGGCCCAGGAGCCCUGCCGGGACGUGGGUCGGCCAAGGCAGUGCGCCCACCGGUGCCCGCCGUGGACUUCGGCAACGCGCAGGAGGCGUACCGCAGCCGGCGAACCUGGGAGCUGGCGCGCAGCCUGCUGGUGCUGCGCUUGUGCGCCUGGCCCGCGCUGCUGGCGCGCCACGAGCAGCUGCUGUAUGUUGCCAGGAAACUUCUAGGGCAGAGGCUAUUCAACAAGCUCAUGAAGAUGACCUUCUAUGGGCAUUUUGUAGCCGGCGAGGACCAGGAGUCCAUCCAGCCCCUGCUUCGGCACAACAGGGCCUUCGGUGUCGGUGCCAUUCUGGACUACGGGGUGGAGGAGGACCUGAGCCCCGAGGAGGCAGAGCACAAGGAGAUGGAGUCCUGCACCUCAGCUGUGGAGAGGGAUGGCAGCGGGACAAAUAAGCGAGAUAAGCAAUACCAGGCUCACCGGGCCUUCGGGGACCGCAGGAGUGGCGUCAUCAGUGCCCGCACCUACUUCUAUGCCAACGAGGCCAAGUGCGACAGCCACAUGGAGACAUUCUUGCGCUGCAUCGAAGCCUCAGGUAGAGUCAGCGAUGACGGCUUCAUAGCCAUUAAGCUCACGGCACUGGGGAGACCCCAGUUUCUGCUGCAGUUCUCAGAGGUGCUGACCAAGUGGAGACGCUUCUUUCACCAAAUGGCUGCGGAGCAAGGGCAGGCGGGCCUGGCUGCCAUGGACACCAAGCUGGAGGUGGCCGCGCUGCAG